CUUGACUAAACGGCGCCCUGCAUGCUCUCUCUGCCCGCAGCCAUCAACUCCCUGGGCGAGACGCUCUUCUCGGCCGGCGCCCUGGUCGUCUUCCUCACCCUGCUCGUGUACGCCGACACUCUGCGCCGGGUGCUGAGCCGCACGCUGCCGGCCGCGGCCAAGACCCACACCGCCUUCGUCAUCAGCGUGUACCCGGUGGUGGCGCUGGCCACGCUGUGCGCGGUGAUCGUCCCGCGCGCCCAGCUGCUGGCCGAGGCCGUGACGCAGGGCGUGUUCAUGGCGGCCGUGUACCAGCUGUGGUGCCUGCUGGUCGCCUACUGCGGCGGUGAGGCCGAGCUCAUCCGCCGCGUCAAGCCCGGCUCCCUUAACCCGCGCGUCGGGCCGUGCUGCUGCUGGCCGUGCUGCCGCCUGCCGCUGCUCACCGUCAAUAAACGCAACGUGAGCUUCUUGCGGGUGUUGGUGCUGCAGCUGCCCGUCGUGCAGGGGCUGCUGUACCUGGUGCUGCUCGUCAUGUGGGCCGAGGAGGAGAGCCUAUACGAGGUCAACUACAUGUACCUGCAGCCCGUCGUGGUGCUGUCCAUCCUCACCGGCAUCUGGGGCCUGCUCAUGACCAUCAAGAUGCUGAGCACUGUCCUGGCCAGCCACCUGGUGCUGGGCAAGUUCCUGGCCCUGCAGGCCGUGCUGCUGCUCGCCAAGUUCCAGGGGCUGGCGGCGCGCGCCACAGCCUGGUACAGCCUGCUCCCCUGCAACCCGCCCCUCACACCCACCGUCUACGCCAACCUGAUGUACAACACAGCCAUGCUGGUGGAGAUGUUGCUACUCGCGCUGUUCGCCCGGGCGCUCUACUCGAGGGAGAUCCCCGACCUGACUGACACCCGGGACGAGUCGCAGCCGAACCAGGUGUGCGUCAUCGAGGUCUCCACACAGAAGGACCUCACUUCGUCGCCCGCCAAGGAAUCCAACAAUAACAACAACAUCGGCGCGAUCGCCGACGAGACGAAGGUGUCCUACAAGUUCUAGCCGGGCGCUGGUGGGGAGCAAUGAGUGUCAAAGACUGCUUCACCACAUUGGACGCUUGUUUCUUGCCAACCACUAGAGCGAAGUCACUCAACUCAGCCAUUUUUAGUAUAAGUCUCACUUUGUGAAAGGAAUUUUGCAGCUCAUUUGUCAGUCAGCAUCGAUCACAAAAAAUGCCUUUUCAUACAAGUAUAAAUAUUAAUUGUAAUUAAUGUAAGAAUGUAUUCUAGAUCUCAGGGAAUUCCUGGGUGCAAAGAAACGUGAAAACAAAACUAGUUUUUAAAACACGUAGAAAUUUGUAUUUCUAUUAUACUCUAUUUAGGAUCUAAACAUUCAGCCUGGACCAGUCAGGAUUUCACCUUGACUAAAUGGAGUGUUCCAUGUAACCAUGUAACAAUUGGUAACAAUGCUAUGUGCGUUUUUUCCGAAAUAAAACCAUCUGUGAUAUGAUAAA